GCUCUAUUCGAAGUCACAUUAGCCUAGCUGUGGUUAUAGCAUACUGUGGGCAUCGCAUCGCACGACAUAUCCAUCAAGGACCCAGCUGCUAGAUCGCCUGGAAACAAACAAUCCGCGAUGAGCUUUCCGGGAAUGACACCGCCCAUCGGGGGCGCCCCAGGCGGAGGUGCUACUCAAGGAAUGACCGAACAGGAACAAGCAAUGGUCAAGGCGAUGCAAUCCGCAAUGGAAUCAUGUCCAGUGAAGACGAUCAUUUCAGGAGGAAUGGGAUUUGCGCUCGGUGGUGCUUUUGGCUUGUUCAUGGCUAGCAUGUCCUACGAUUCAUCCUUCACUCCCCAGGGCCGUGCAAUUGCCGACCUCCCUUGGCGCGAACAGGUGCGCCAGGGUUUCAAGGACAUGGGCAAGCGCUCAUGGUCCUCCGCGAAGAAUUUCGGUAUUGUUGGUGCUUUGUUCUCUGGUACCGAAUGCUGUAUUGAAGGACUACGUGCGAAGAACGAUCUCGCCAACGGUGUUGCUGCGGGAUGCAUCACUGGCGGUAUCCUUGGUGCGAAGGCGGGUCCCCAGGCCGCAGCGGCAGGAUGCGUCGGUUUUGCGGCCUUCAGUGCAGCGAUCGAUGCGUACAUGAGGAUGCCAUCUGACUAAAUUUGGACGAGACUAUUUUCGCAAAGACAAUCACGUUAAGGCUGUGACAUUGUGUGUUACGCCUCUAGAGGUCUUGAUGAGAUCGAU